UGGUGCUGGUUAAGAGAUCGUAACCUCAGCGAUGAUAUUUAAAAGACUUCCAGAUUGAAUCAAAGACUCCACCUCAUUCAGGUACGUGCAUGCACACGUUUUCGAGCGUACAGUCUCGCACAUCAACAGCUGUGAAACAGACGCAGCAAGGCAAUAUCAGAAGACAAACAUGACUAUGGAAUAUGCAGAUGAAAACGAAUGGGAGAGUCCAUGUGAAAUGAAUAGAAAUUCACUGAAUAAUAAUGUUAAGUACUAUCUCCAAUACUAUGUGCACUCACUUAUCUGCAUUGUAGGAUUUAUUGGCAAUGUCUUGGUGAUCCUUACAUAUGCUUUCUACAAGCGCACCAAGUCCAUGACGGAUGUUUACCUACUGAACGUGGCCGUAGCAGAUGUCCUGUUUGUAGUGGCUCUGCCUCUGCUCAUAUUCAGUGAGCAGAAUGACUGGGCUUUGGGUGAUUGGUCCUGCAAGGUGUUGCGUGGUGCCUACAGUAUCAACCUCUACAGUGGCAUCCUACUGCUGGCUUGCAUCAGUUUAGACCGCUACAUGGCCAUAGUACAAGCUCGCCGCUCUUUCAGGUUCCGCUCGAGCAUGCUGAUCUACAGUUACUUGAUCUGUGCAUUUGUCUGGAUUUUAGCCUUCAUUCUGACUUUGCCCACCCUCAUCUACUAUGAGCGCUACAAACCUACUGUCUCAAUGCAAACUUUUGAUAUGAACUUCACAAAUAUUGAAGACUACAGCCAAUGGACUACAACACAUGCACCUCUAUCGAGCCUGCACAUGGAACAGCAUGUGUGCUUCUUUCGCUUCAAUGACAACGACACUGCGAAGCUCUUCAAAGUGCUAGUGCCGAGUUCUCAGGUCGCUGUUGGGUUUUGCUUGCCAUUGCUGGUCAUGGGCUUCUGCUACUCCAGUGUGGUGUUUACACUCCUGCGUGCCAAAAACUUCCAAAGGCACAAGGCUGUGCGUGUGGUCCUGACGGUAGUGUUGGUCUUUAUCACCUGUCAUCUGCCCUACAAUGCGGCACUGUUGUAUGAUCUCAUUUACAUGUUCUCCAAUUCAGAGUGCAUGGAUCAAAACAACACACACCUGCUGCUGAUCCUCACUGAAAGCCUGGCCUACCUGCACUGCUGCCUCAACCCACUUCUCUAUGCCUUUAUUGGAGUCAAAUUCAGGAACCAUUUCCGCAAGGUUGUGGAGGACCUCUGGUGCCUUGGGAAGAGCUACAUUGGUGCAAGACGUGCGUCUCGGAUGACCUCCGAGGCAUACCUAUCUUCCCGAAGGUCUGUGGACAGCGCAGGGAAUGAAAAUGCCACCUCAUUCACCAUGUAACAAAUUGGCUUUCCCUGGUUAACAGUUAAUGCUGAGGUGUCUCUGUGUGUGUCUGUAUCUCUGUGUGUCUCUCUGUGUGUGUUUAUCUCUGUGUCUCUGUGUGUCUCUGUGCCGUGUGUGUGUGUGUGUGUGUGCGUCUCUGUGUGUGUGUCUCUGUGUGUGUGUCUGUGUGUGUCUCUGUGUGUUUAUCUCUGUCUGUUUGUGUCUGUGUGUGUCUCUGUCUCUGUGUCUCUCUGUGUGUGUGUGUGUGUGUGUGUGAGAAUAAAGGUUUAGUCAUUACAGAAUGAACAAUUUAUAUUAUUCAUGUUCUGUUAUCCCUUUUUUGUACAUAGUGUUUUAAUAUAUAUUGAAGUCUAUUGUUUCUUUUUUUUCAUAAAUGAUAUGAGCUUCAACUACAUAAAUAUGCCCCUCUAAUUUUAUUAGUAAUAUCUUCCUGCACCAGUGUAGUGUGCUGUGUGUUUGUUGUAGCUACUGAGCACACGUACACACACAUUUUACCUGUCUAGUUGCUGAAGAAGGUCCUUUGGUUUUGACGUGGGAUACGUCCAAGGUACCAGUAAAGGGUCAUCUCUGAGCAGAUGAUAUUUUAGGGUGUGAUACUUGGGUGAAUGCAUCAGGACCAACAGCUUGCUGAGCUUUGUGAAUAAUAUGAAGCACAUCUGCUGCUACUGCUGGUGCACUGGACACGGAUUUUAAAUUAUAUAUAUAGUGAGGGGACCAUUUAAAUAAAAUGUUAUAGAUAUAAAUAAAGGUAGUUGUAGCAAUCUCUUGCCAUGUUGGAGUCUUUGGAGCAUAAUCUUGUUUUUCUCUUGUUCUUGUUUUAAUCGAGUUUAAAGCUUAACGCAAGGUUUUAUUAAAACUUAGUCCUUUUCUUUAUGGUUGCUAUCCUAUUGCAAACUGAUUCAAUAAAUACCAAAAAGAAACUUUCUAUUUGCAGAGAUAAAUAUCACAUCACUAAUACUUUAGGUCUGCUUCAUGUGUUUACCUCACACGCUGUGACAAGAUCUCUCAGAACGAAUCAGAUGACUGUACGCUAUAAAGCCCCUAAUACAUCACCAGAUAGAAGUCUACAUCAUAAGACACGUGGAAUUUUUUUUUUUUUUACUUCAUUUAGUUUUCAAAGAUUAUGCUGUUAUUAAUGAUGUCCUGUACCAAAUAAAAAAAAAGCUUUUGCUGA